GCAAUGAAUAUAAAAUUAUCGCAGAGAAAUGUUAUUCAUUUAUUCAUUUUGACGGCAUCGAGCGUACAACAAGCAUCGACAUGGGUUUCAAUCAAUUCCUGCUGAAAAGUUCGAUCAACAUCAUCCUUCUCUUGAUAUGCCAACAAUUUGGUACAAUUACCGGUUCGGAAGUGAAAUGUGUGUCAAAUAAAAACGACACGUGUGAGGUAUUGGAACCGAUCAAUGGCAACGAUGCUUCGAUAACGGUAACCGUCGCAUCAGAUCAGGAUGAUAAAACCAUCCAUCAUGUUCACCUAUUCAACGUAUCAGACGCCAUUCCGAUAGCAUUUUUCCAACGAUUUCCAGGAAUGUUUCAUGCUGAAAUCAAGCCCGGUGUCAAGACAAUAUCGCAAAGUGAUUUCACCGACGCUAAAAGCUUACGUUUUCUAGAAUUGAAAGACAAUUGUUUGGAAAUUGUACCGAAAGAAGUAUUCGCUGGUGCUAUUGCAUUGGAAGCAGUCGACCUGGACUCGAAUGGCAUUCGUGACGUUGAAGAUUAUGCCUUCUCCGGUGCAACCAAACUGACCUACAUUUCAUUGAAUAAAAAUAAUUUGACAAUAAUCCGAAGAUUAACCUUCGCUGGUGCAACCAGUUUGGAACGACUCGAAUUGCAGGAAAACCAAAUCGAAGUAGUAGAAGAGGGGGCUUUUGAUAGUAAAACUUUAAAAGAACUUUUCUUCGAAUCGAAUCGAGUAAAACAACUGCCUGACAACAUAUUUGCCAACACUCCCAAUUUGGACAUUGCCUACUUCAGUUCGAAUGGAAUGACCGAAAUUGGCAGAGCUUUUUACAAUAUAAAACAGCUGGGUCAUGUAGCUUUUCGUCAUAGCCAAUUGAAAGACGUUGAUCUCUACGACUUCGUGAAAGCCAAUCCGCAAUUGAAAGGUAUUUACAUGGAAGACACAUGUUUCGACUUCAUCAAUCCAGGAAAACCGGGCGAAUCAUUCCCUAAUAAAUUGAGAGAUCUCUACCUCACCAAUAACAACAUUUCCAGUUCCAAUUUUCUGGAGCACUUGGAAGCCUUCAAAGAUCUUCAGUCCAUAGACAUUGCAUUCAAUAAUAUCACCCAGAUUGAUGGUAUCGAGACCAUUCGACAAAAAUUUCCAAAGCUUGAAAUUAUUAUGUAUCCCGGCAAUCCGUUGAGCUGUGCAUGGAUCGAGUCAACACCUUUCGAUCGAAAAAUGUUUCGUGUUCCUGUCUAUCACGAGUCUGAGUUCAAUGCUUCGGACUAUUCGGUGGUCGAUGGAAUUUAUUGUAAAAAGUAAAUUAUGUUUCUGAUGUAGAAUGGCCUUGCCUUUGUGAAGUUCCAAUAAAAAAUUUGAUUUUGCAAUAAAAAUGUUUAGAAGAAAACAUGU